AGACAAAUGAACAUGGACUAUGCCCUUUGCAAGGCUUCCCGGCACAACAUGGAAGGCAUCACCAGGGCUGUCACCUUCUAUGAUAUUAAUUGUCAAUACAACAAACACUUUCGGGUUCGGGUGGAUCGAAGUCGAUUUCUAGAAAUGGCACCACAACUAACCAUCAUUCCCGGAAUUGGGUUGUGGCACGUUCAUGGCCAUCAGGACAGCUGCUAUGUCCGAUAUGCUUCUAACUUUAUUGAAGGCAUUGGUCGGAUCGAUGGAGAGAUCAUGGAGACGCUAUGGGCACGGCUCAAUUUGAUCUCCCCUGCUGCUCGGGGAAUGUCAUCUCCCCACCAAAAGGAAUGCCUUGAUUAUCAGAUGAAUGACUCCAAUUUCUGCAAGAUGAUUCGCAUGAAAAGGACUCUAUGCCGGAAAUACAAACUGGCUAGGAAUGGUAUCUUAGAAAGUGGAAAGGCAUUCGACAGACUCGAUGAAGCAGCACCCUCACAUUUGAAGACAGAAUGGUUAGCCAGGGAGAGGAUAGCUCAGUCAAGCAGAUUGAAUGAUCCUUCAGCCAUGGAUGAAUAUGAGAUCAAUAUCAAAAAGGCACCUAGCAAAAAGGAGAUCGAGCUUAGAUUGUUAGAGGAGGGUAACGCCCGCAAUGCAGCACCCUCUCGCAGAUCUGUGGCGACAUGGAUAUCAACAGGGUUAGCAAUUGAAGAGGCUCAGAUUGCAUUGCUCAUUGAGGUCCGAAGGAUCGGAAGAAGAUCCACCGAGACACAGAGAUUAGACAUCGCCUGUCAAAGAGAUCGGCUCCAAGGCCAGAUAGAUGGAUUUGCUCGGUCUGCUCUAACACAUCUCGGGGAGGGAUUUGAUGCAGAUGAUGAACCUGAAGACUUGGACGUAGACAUUCUAGAUGAUCUCGAUGAUGACCCGGCGGAUUUCACAGAGACAUCUCACACAUGGACAAACUCUCCCGAGCUAACUGUAAUCCCAUUGCCAUCAAACCUGGGGGAUCUGAUUCCCCUGGAGAUGUCACUUCGUGAAGGGCAGGCCAAUGAUGCCCUUCACAAUCUCCGCAUUUACCUUUGCAACAAGGCCAUCCUGUUCCGAACAACCGUUAGGCAGGCCAAUUCCCAGGCCCUGAAAACUCGAGCUUGGUCCCAGGUGACGUCGAUGCAGCAGGCAGUCUCCCUCCAUGCCAGCAUAUAUACAAAGACAAGGAAGCAAAUGAUGAAACUUGAGCCGGGGCAAGACCAGCUUCAGAAAUACAAACCCCUGCUUCGCGAGCAACUCAAAAUCAGCACUGCAGUGGGCGACCCAAAUGCCCGAGGUCAACGAAAUGAAUCUUUGGCUUGGUUUUGGUCUGUUGAAGUCGACCUCGGGGGUCCUGAUCAAUCGUGGAAUGAAGAAUUUUACCGAGUCCAUUGGCUGAGGGCAAAGGCACUACGGGAUCGAUGGAGGGAAGAAAUGCUAUUGGUCACAUUGGAGAUGGAUUGGACAUGUAAGUUCUUUUUGUGGAAAACAACCAUAUGGGGCGAGCACAUGCAGGAAUCAUUGGAGAAACGACUUCCAGGUCACGGAUGCUACGCCGGAAGGCAAUCCCACAUGUAUUCAUUGCUGGCACAGGAUGUGCAGGCAGCUUUUCAAGACCUACAAAACGUGUUGAUAGAGGCUGGAGAUGAAUGA